AUGGGGGAGUCACCCGACACCAUGGACGACUAUAUGAGAAUGUCCGAAAGAACCGCAAGAGAGAGUUUGUAUACAUUGUCAAGGGGUGUUGUUGAAACUUUUGGAGACGUGUAUUUGCGGAAACCUUCGUUGCAUGAUUUGCAAGAAUUGUAUGCGGCGCAUGAAGAACGCCAUGGGUCUCCCGGAAUGAUCGGAAGCAUUGAUUGCACACACUGGAAAUGGGAAAUUUGUCCGGUAGCAUGGAAAGGGCAAUACGCAAGUGGUCAUCACGGAUCACCUUCAUUGGUGUUAGAGGCUAUCGCUUCUCAAGAUUUAUGGAUUUGGCAUGCAUUUUUUGGGGUUGUGGGUUCCAACAACGACGUCAACGUUCUUGAUCAGUCGUCAAUAUUCGACGAUCUUUUGAAUGGAAAAGCCCCGGAUGCUCCUUUCACGGUGAAUGGAAACGAAUACAAAUAUGGGUAUUACCUUACAGAUGGAAUAUAUCCUCAGUAUUCCACAUUCGUGAAGGCAUUCCGCCACCCAGUUGAAGAACGAGACAAAUUUUUUAAGAGAAGACAAGAAGGAGCACGUAAGGAUGUGGAACGUGCUUUUGGAGUGCUGAAGGCGAAGUGGCAUGUAGUCGAACAUGCAGUACGACCAUUGGAUUUAGAAACUUUACGAUAUAUCAUGUAUGCAUGUAUCAUAAUGCAUAACAUGGUAGUAGAAGAUAAAGGGCGAAAUAUUGCACACUAUAUCCCAACGAAGCCCAGACACGUUCAGUUUCAACCAAGAACAACAGAUUAUUUGCACCGCGUUGUUGACAUUCAGGACGCAAAUAAACACAGACAACUUCGAGAGGACUUGGCGAAUUAUAUCUUCUAUGGUAACAAUAACGAUAACGAAUAG